CAGCGUGCCGAGCCGUUAUCUUUAAUCCGCUUUUAAGCUCACCGGAAGCCCGUCAGCAUCAUCAUGCCUGCUGCUGUAACUAUGGAGGAACAGUUUGAUAAAUUAUUAGAGCAGUCUGAAGCUCAGGAGCUGGAGGCUCCAGGGGGCGUCGCGACACCGCAGGUGUACGCGCAGCUGCUGGCUCUGUACCUGCUCAACAACGACAUGAACAACGGCCGGUAUCUCUGGAAGAGGAUACCCCAGGCGAUAAAAUCUGCUAACCCUGAGCUAGCAGCCAUUUGGGCUGUCGGCCAGCACAUUUGGCAGAGAGAUUUUCCAGGAAUCUACACGGCCAUCGCAGCUCACCAGUGGUCGGAGAACAUUCUUCCAGUCAUGGAGGCCCUUCGAGAGAGCACACGGCAGCGGGCGUACAGCCUGGUGGCUCAGGCGUACACGUCCAUUGCUGUGGAGGACUUCGCUGCCUUCGUGGACUACUCGGUGGAUGAGGCAGUAAAAGGAGUGUUGAGUCAAGGCUGGCAGGCAGAUCCCACCACCAGGAUGGUCAUGCCCAAGAAGCCAGAUCCUCCUCCGGUCGCCCUGGUUCCAAACGAGCAGCAGUUGGCCAGACUCACCGACUAUGUGGCCUUCCUGGAGAACUGAAGCUUCAGCUGCAGAGUUUCACCUGUUUGGUACCGAAGAAGACGGGUUUGGACGGACUCUUGGUCCAUCCUGAAAGACCUGGCUCUCCCGGUGGAGAAUGUUCUGGUUCACUGGGAGUUUAUCGAGUCGGAGACUCGUUUUUCUCCUCUCCCUCUUGUCAUGAUGUGUACAUUUGGGUCUGAGCUCAAAGUGUUUCUGACUGUUUUUGUUUCCAGCAUAAUAAACUCGUCCCUCACAAAUGCUUUAUUCAGGUUCAGCAGCUAAAAGUUAGCAGGAGUCCUGCCUGACCUCGUAUUUAAGUUGCUGUUGAUGAAUAAAUAUUCUGCUGUUUCUAA